AUGAACCAUAAUUACUGUAGAAAUCCAGAUAAUGAUCCAAACGGACCGUGGUGUUACACAACUGAUCCCAGCGUUCGCUUUGCUUAUUGCGAUAUUCCAAGAUGUCAUGGAAAAGGAGAAACAUGUCUUGAAGACAGAUCUGGGACAUCAUAUAGAGGAUUCGCGCACAAAGCAAUCACGGAAACUGGAGAAGAGGUUCUCUGUCAAAGCUGGAAUGCAGUCAAACCUCACCGAUCAAUGUUCCUUAUCGACGAGAAACACAACUACUGUCGAAAUCCAAACAAAGACCCCAAAGGCCCCUGGUGCUACACAACAGACAAGCGAGUGAAAACAGCAUAUUGCAAUAUUCGAGUUUGCGGGGAGCCAGAGCCAACUGCUUCAGAGACAUUCGUCGGAAACACAGGAUCGCCCAAAAGUUUUCCAAAAGAUCGCCAAGAAAACUCGCUAUCAGAUAGAAUUGUCGGUGGUGAAACUGCACAGCCUCACUCUUUCCCAUGGAUGGUAUCUCUUCGUGAUCCCGCUGCCCCUAAAGGCCGUCGAUCAUUUUGCGGAGGAUCAGUGAUCUCGCCUGACUACGUCUUGACUGCUGCGCAUUGCGUCAUGGAUUUAAAUCGACGAACAUCUGACAUGCCACAAAACUGUUUCUUGGCGCAGCGGUAUGAAGUUUAUACUGGAACUCAUACAAAAGAUGGUGACAACGAGCAGAUAGAUCAAUACAAGCAACAACGGGACAUUGCAAUGGCUUGUUUGCAUCCGAAAUGGGAUCGAGAGGAAAUUUACGCCGAUGCAGCUUUGUUGAAGCUCAAAAGAUCUCUGGAAUUUAAUGAUUAUGUCCAGCCUAUUUGCUUGCCAACAUUGAGCAAAAAUGUGCCAGAAAAGACAAGCUGCGCCAUCGCUGGAUGGGGAACGACUAAGGGUACUACUUCCAGAGCAUCACUCAAUCAACAAACUUUACCGAUUGUUUCGAACAAAAGAUGCAAUCAAUACCUCGGCGGCGUGGUUCCGGACAACACGCAAAUGUGCGCUGGAUAUCGACAGGGCGGAGUGGAUACUUGUCAAGGCGAUUCUGGCGGCCCGCUCAUGUGCCAACAUAAUGGAGUUUGGAUCAUUGACGGAAUUGUCAGCUGGGGCUACGACUGCGCUCUUCCGAGAUCUCCUGGGGUUUAUACCAGGGUUUCAUCGCCUCUGAUCUUGAACUGGAUCAAAAGGUCGAUUGUUUAA